UGGUGAUAAGUGGAGGGCCCUGCACAGGAAAUCCGCCCAGCUUCUGCAAUGUGACCUGCCUGAAACUUGGGCGCUCCUUCAGUCUGAGUGUUGAUGGCAGGACAAAGGGGCACCUGGACCAUGGACGACGUGGUAGAGAAGAGUUUGGAAGGGCCCUUGGCAUCUUCUACAGAUGAGCCCCCCGAGAAAAGGGGAGACCUGGUAGAAAUCUUAAAUGGGGAUAAGGUAAAAUUUGACGACACAGGACUCUCCUUAAUUCUGCAGAACGGCCUGGAGACCCUGCGAGUGGAAAACGCUCUGACCGACGUCAUCUUGUGUGUGGACAUCCAGGAAUUCUCCUGCCACCGCGUGGUGCUUGCCGCAGCCAGCAACUAUUUCAGGGCCAUGUUCUGCAAUGAUUUAAAGGAGAAGUAUGAGAAGAGGAUCAUUAUCAAAGGGGUGGAUGCAGAAACCAUGAACACUCUUCUGGACUACACGUACACCAGCAAGGCUCUCAUCACCAAACAGAAUGUCCAGCGCGUCCUGGAAGCUGCUAACCUCUUCCAGUUUCUCCGGAUGGUGGAUGCCUGUGCCAGCUUCCUCACAGAAGCCUUGAACCCAGAAAACUGUGUUGGAAUCCUGAGGCUGGCAGACACACAUUCCUUGGACAGUCUAAAGAAGCAGGUUCAGAGUUACAUCAUCCAGAACUUUGUGCAGAUCCUGAACUCUGAGGAGUUCCUGGAACUUCCUGUGGACACUCUGUACCACAUCUUGAAGAGUGACGACCUUUAUGUGACAGAGGAGGCUCAGGUGUUUGAGACUGUGAUGAGCUGGGUCAGGCACAAGCAGUCAGAACGACUCUGCUUGCUCCCCUACGUGCUGGAGAACGUGCGCUUGCCACUUCUGGACCCGUGGUACUUUGUGGAGAUGGUGGAAGCGGAUCCUCUCAUCAGGCAGUGCCCGGAGGUCUUCCCACUGCUCCAGGAAGCCAGGAUGUACCACCUUUCUGGCAAUGAGAUCAUUUCGGAGCGCACCAAGCCCAGGAUGCAUGAGUUCCAGUCUGAGGUAUUCAUGAUCAUUGGUGGCUGCACGAAGGAUGAACGGUUUGUGGCGGAGGUAACCUGCCUGGAUCCCCUGAGGCGCAGCCGCCUGGAGGUGGCCAAGCUCCCCAUGACAGAGCAUGAACUGGACAGUGAGAAUAAGAAGUGGGUGGAGUUUGCAUGCGUGACAUUAAAAAAUGAGGUCUACAUCUCAGGUGGUAAAGAAACACAGCACGAUGUUUGGAAAUAUAAUUCUUCAAUAAACAAAUGGAUUCAAAUUGAGUAUUUGAACAUAGGCCGCUGGAGGCACAAGAUGGUGGUGCUAGGGGGCAAGGUCUAUGUGCUUGGAGGGUUCGACGGCUUGCAGAGGAUCAACAACGUGGAGACCUAUGACCCCUUCCACAACUGCUGGUCAGAGGCUGCACCCCUCCUUAUCCACGUCAGUUCCUUCGCAGCCACCAGCCAUAAGAAGAAGCUCUAUGUGAUUGGCGGAGGGCCCAAUGGGAAACUGGCAACGGACAAGACUCAGUGUUAUGAUCCUUCAACCAAUAAGUGGAAUUUAAAGUCGGCCAUGCCAGUAGAGGCUAAAUGCAUCAAUGCAGUGAGUUUCCGGGACCGUAUCUAUGUAGUUGGAGGGGCCAUGAGAGCGCUGUACGCUUACAGCCCCCUGGAGGACAGCUGGUGCCUGGUGACCCAGCUCAGCCACGAGAGGGCCAGCUGCGGCAUCGCGCCCUGCAACAACCGGCUCUACAUCACCGGGGGGCGGGACGAGAAGAACGAGGUCAUCGCCACGGUGCUGUGCUGGGACCCCGAGGCCCAGAAACUGACGGAGGAAUGCGUCCUGCCCCGGGGAGUGUCCCACCACGGCAGCGUCACCAUCAGGAAGUCGUACACCCACAUUCGGAGGAUCGUGCCCGGAGCCGUGUCGGUCUGACCGCGGGUGCGCGGAGGGCGGAGUCACGCGGGGAGCCCGCCUCCCUCAGCCCUGCCCUUCGAUCCUACUUCGGACACCGGCGGGGCUGGACCAGGGGCUCUCCGCGGCUCCCCCUGGGGGCUCCUCGGAAGUCACAGCUUUGGGACACUUGAGACCAGCCAGGAAUGGUUGCGAGACCUACCUCAGGAGGAAAGAAGAGUAAUACUUAACAUGCAAGACACACCUGUCCCCUGCCAGGUUCUAUACCAGGCGCUUUUGUACACCAGUGCCUUUCACUGUCCUAAUGACCUGAUUACUGGAUAUUAAAACUCCCAUUUGACAGAUGAGGAAACCGAGCUUAAGAGAGGCUAAGUGACUGCCCUAGGUCAGCCAAAUUCUGAGGAGCUAAACCAGGAGUUUAAACCCAGAUCUUUCCAUCUCGAAGUCAGUGUAGGUUCUGUCAGGCCGUCUAUCUCAGAGCAAGAAAACAAAAAGCAAAACAGCUCAUCUUUUGGUCUGACAGGUUAGCUAGAGGAUUCACUCAGCAAGGCAGGGAAAUAAAGGUUUUUUGUUUUGUUUUGUUUCUUCUUUCUUCUUCUUUUCCUUAUAUUUAAACCACAUGGGAUCUUUGGUGUGGUAACCUUGGGCCCCUUGUCAAGAGUGUAUCAUAGGUUGUUCCAUCUGACAGUUCUAGGGACAUGGGUCUGGGAAGAACUGUUUGCUCUGAAACAUGUAAAAAACUUUUGUGCUCCUCAUCAAAAGCCUCUAUUUUUUAUGAUCACAGGAGGCCCAUCGUAGCCUGGAACUGUCAUUGCCGGACAGAAUUGUACCUUCAGCACAGCCCAGUGCCCUAGCCUUUUAAUGUCCAACAGUUGUAUUGCAAUGUAGAAAAGGUUUUUCCAGAGACUCAGAGUACUGUUUUUUUUUGUUUUUUUUUUUUUUGUGUGUGUGUGUAAACAUCCUUACAUUGCUGGCCGCUGAGGAAUGACUGGCUCUUCUUGACAGUAUACGUUCUAAUUUUUAGACAGUGAUUUGAGUCUAUGUCCCUGUGACUCCACCUGCCUGGAAGCUUCGUUUUUAGGAUCCUUUUAAUCCCUCUUAUUUGGUUUUUGGAUCAGGUUGGCGCAGUUUUGACUCAAAGAACAGAGUCUGUUCUUUACUCUCAGAGAUAGAGCUUUCAAAUGAGCUCACUGGAAAUUCAUUCUAAUCCCUGAGUUGGGGAAACAGAUUAAGAUAUCCUAUUUCAGAUGCUGUACUUAAAAAGCAACAAUAAUGGUAACGACAUAGUAACUGCAUUACCUAAUGUCUUUUAUUUUCAUCAUAUGAUUUCAACUCUCUUUAUAGAAUUUUAUUUCAUGUCAGAUGUGCCAUUUUGUGCUUGUACAUCUCAGCAGUUUGGGAAGAUAGAGGUAUUAGUUGAUAGUGAAUUUAACUUUCAUAGAAAAAUUAUGGUUAGAAGAAGCUACAGUUCAAAGCAGAUAAAACAGACUUGGAAAAUUACAACUGAAAAUUCUAUUUAUGCAUAGAUCAUUGAGGAUAAAUAUAAAUGCAUGUUGAUGUUUAAGAAGCUCUGUGUCUUAGAGUCAGGUGUGACACUUUAGCUCCCUGCUGUGAAAAGUGAGGUGGGAAAAUACAAACAUAUUUGUGCAAAUUUAGUACUCAUACCUCACUUAACCAUGAACACUGAUAACCUUAAUGAAGCUCUCAACUGAAAUGAUUUGAACUACUUCAAUUCAGCAAACAUUCCUGGAAAUUUUUAUGUUUGGCAAGCCUUGGGGACUCCAAAAAGCAAGACAAAUCUCCACCCUAGAAAUACUCAAUAAGCAGGUAAAUGGGCCACUUGUCAAUAUUAUAAUUUUUCUUUUCAUCAAGCUAGAGAAAAGGAGAUGUACGUGAAGUUAUGAGGUUGCAUUCAGGUCUUUCUUGCCCUUCCAAGUGGUCUCCUUGGGAAGCUGUGCUUUUAGAUCAAUGAUACAGCCGUUGUUUACAUGUUUGUCUUUCCUUGGGAUUGCCUUCAGAAACCACUUAUGAGCUCUGGGAGGAAUCAGUCGUAUUUCAAAGACAAUUUCAGGAAAGAAAUUUCAAAGAAGUUCAAUGACAGCAUCAUUGGCAACACAGAGAGCCUCCCCUCAGAAAGAAUGUGUUCCUUGUCCUGGUUGUCCUUUGAUGAGGGCAAUUGGCAAAUUUUGAGCCCAAAUUUUCAACAGGUCAACCCUAUGCUGGGAAAGUGAGGAUUUAGGAUCUCUGUGUUAUAAACCUGGCUGUCAAUAGUGGGUUGGCAGACAGAUACACCUACUAAGAAUACCCAGAUUUCUGCACUUGAAGCUGCCAGUCUGUAACUUUUAGGGAUAUAAAAAAAGUUCAAGUCAUUUUGGGGAAACUCUGUAUCAUCAGGAUUUAAAUUUCUAGGCCCUAGCUAGGGAUGGAAGCUCUUAAAAUCUAAUUUCCGUUUUUAGAUGAAAAAAUAAAAACCUAAUUCACAGGAAGUUAACUGUCAUAAGCCAUACUGCCAGCAGGGGGACGAGGCAGGUUGGUGCCAGAUGAGUCAGAGACAAAGGGCCCUAGGACUCAGGCAGAAUGUCCUGGUACAGCCUACUGGAUCUUGAGUCAGGUCCCAUGAGUGGAUAGAGAACCCUUGACUGGAAGGAAGAGGAUGAGGUAGGAGGAGGAGGAAGUCAGGUUUGGACACAAGUCUAGAAAAUGAUGCCAGGGGCCCUGGAGUUUGGGAGCAUGACUCCAUUCUCAAGAAGGGGGAGAGGAGCAUAAGGAACCCACUUCUUAGAAGUGAGGCAAAAUUAGAGCAAGACCAGCAGUAAGACCUGUUUGCUGUGGGGCCUCUGGGGUGCUUGGCUAGGUCUCUUGUCUUGCUGGACCAAGAGACAGAGGCCCAGAGGCUCUGAUGAGGUGGAAUCUGUCAGGGAGGUUAAAGGGCCCCAGUUGCCAAGGCUGAUCUGAAAUGAAGCUUAGCUCACCCAAACAUCAACAGAUAAAUAUUCUCUUCUUAGCUUUCAUCAUGUUCUGCAUGCAUUGGCCUCAGGAAACACCGCCCCCCGCCCCCCCACCCGAGCUCUUGGACUCAAAGAAGCUGUGCUCUCAGGGAAGUGCAAAUAUUUGCUUAUAGCUGUGAAAAUAGAGCUUUGCUAUUUAUGAAAGUCCUUGAGGUACUGUUGUUAUUUACUUAUCCUACUUGAUUUUGAAAAAGAAAAAUACUCAGUAAAAUUUUCAAAGUGGGUAAACACCACUAGAAUUUCCUAUGUAAAGUCCUAACUUGGGGUUGCAAAAGCCUUUUUCCCCUUAGUAUCUGAUCUGGGUGUUGUAUGAGAUCUCCUCAUUUGAGGAGUCAACUUUCAUGGAAAUCUGUAAAUAUUUCAAACAUGGCUACUACAAAAGUAAUUUUGACAGUUCAGAUUUUCAUAUUUUUAGAUAAAAAUAUUAACAAAAUCCUUAGUUAACCAAAUCCUUCAAGCAUUUUGGUUCAUGAAGAUGUAUUUUUUUUUAAGUGAUCAAACUAAAGAUACCAUUUAUGGGUAAAAAUCAAAUAAAGUUUUUAUUUAUUAGUA